AGUAUCCUACAUUGUCUCCCAAAGUUACAUAUAGAGGAAAAAUGAUGAAGGGGUUGGUCACAUGCCUCUUGGUGCUCCUUGUGGCUCACCAAUUGGGCCACCAAGCUCGAGCCAUCGACUGCAUGGCGGUCACUGAGUCACUCUUACAGUGUGUCACUUAUCUGACGGGCACGGCCGAUCAGCCGGCUCCCGCCUGUUGUGCCGGAAUGAAGCACUUGACCCAAAUAGCAGCCACCGUGGUGGAUAAGAGGGCAGCAUGCGACUGCAUCAAGAAAGAGGCGGAAAAAUUCCACAACAUUAAGGAAGAGGCUGCAACCAAACUCCCCGGUGCAUGUGGUGUGACCAUCUCAGUGCCGAUCUCUCUCAACACCGAUUGCAGCAAGAUCAACUAAUGUGGGACAAUAAUAUUAAAUAAAGAGAGGAGCACCGUUGCCCCUCUCAGUAAUUUUAGAAGAGGAGGAGGAAGAAGACGCUACUACCUCUAUAUAGUUUUGUGCGUUUGUGGAUUGGAAGAGUUUUCUAUGUCUUGUAGGCUACUAGUGAGGGACCACCUUGAAAAGGGUAUUUGGUAAUCAGUUGUAGUAUUCAAUGAUCUAUAUGAGAUUAAUAAAAUUGGCAUCAAUGAGUUUGGAGUAA